AUGGCGACCGACAUCACGAAACUGACGAAACCGUCUCCAUUCCUUCAGCCUGGCCCUAGGACGUCAGCCAAUUCCAUCGCAAUUGUGCAGCUCUCUCGCGACAACCUCGUUCCUCUCAUCCUCCAAGAUUCUACCGGUGCGGUCGACGGCUAUGCCGAAGGAGCAGUCCUCAACACACGAUUCGGCUCAUUCCCCCACUCUACCCUGAUUAACGUACCAUGGGGGUCGCAAAUUCGUGCCUCAAUUGUUGACACUGGCUCCAGAGGCCGGAAGCGCAAGAGGAAGGAGGAGGAAACGGACGCAUCAACACCAGCAGCAGGAGAUGAGGCCGAGGCGGAAUCUAUCGCACCGGUUAAGAAGGCGGCCACCGCCGCGAGCGGUUUCGUGCACAUUCUCCAGCCUACCGCCGAACUCUGGACCGCGGGCCUGCCGCACCGAACACAAGUUGUCUACACCCCCGACUACAGUUACGUCCUCCAGCGCAUACGAGCGAGGCCCGGUACCCACCUUAUCGAAGCUGGCGCAGGAAGUGGUAGUUUCACUCACGCUUCGGCGCGUGCGGUAUACAGCGGAUACCCCGAAGACGACUCUCAACGAAAGGGCAAGGUCUUCAGCUUCGAAUUUAACAAGGAUCGCUAUGUGAAGAUGCAGGAAGAGAUCACUGCGCACGGGCUGGAAGGCAUCGUGAAGCUUUCGCAUCGAGACGUUUAUAACGGCGGGUUCCUGGUGGACGGCAAAAGCCCCGAGGCAGAGUCGGUGUUCCUCGAUCUACCCGCGCCCUGGGAGGCCCUCCCCCAUCUGUCACGACGAAAGCCAGCGACAAAGGACACAGAAGGCGAGACACAAGAAUGGGUUUCUCCGUUAAAUCCCAAGAAGUCGGUCUACAUCUGUACCUUUUCGCCCUGCAUCGAGCAGGUACAAAGAACGAUCAAUACAAUGAGACAAUUGGGAUGGGUGGACAUUGACAUGAUUGAAAUCUCCCACAAGAAGUUCAACGUCAUCCGAGACCGUGCCGGGUACAGCCAGCCCGAUCGCGGUAUCGCGGCGAGCGCACGCGACGUGGGCGAGGCAGUCGGCAAGCUUCGCGAGAUCGAGAGAAGAACGAGAGAGUACCACAACCCGGCAGACCCCAACUCGGCAGACGACUCGCCGGCAGGCAACGCCAUGGACGUGGACCAAGCGGGAGAAGCUACAAAUGGCGAUGAAGAAGAAGGACCCUUCGCGGGCAAGCCGUGGCUGCAGGGUCGCAUUAUCCACCGCGCGGAGCCGGAGCUGAAGACGCAUACCUCGUACCUUGUUUUCGCCGUGCUGCCGCGUGAGUGGAGCGAGGAGGAUGAGGCCGCCGUGCUUGCAAAGUGGCCGUGUGGCUCAGAGACUGGUGUUAUUGGAGCCAAGGACAAGGAGACGCGCAAGCAGGAGAAGCGCGAUCUCCUCGCGGGCAAGGGCAAGAGAAGGAAAGGCAAGUCGGGAAAGGCUUAA